AUGAAUAAAAUAAACCUGCUUGUACUAAUUUCUUUAACUUUCAUUAUACUAUUAAAUCCAAAAAUGAAAGUCGGAAAAUUAAAAAAGAGAAAAAAUUCUGGCUUGUUAUAUCCAUAUUUUAAGAAUAAAUCAUUUAGAUUAAAUAGAUAUAUAUUCAUAAAACCAAUAAAAAGUGUAAAACUAAAUUAUAAGAAAAAAAAAAUGAACCUAACACAUGAAAUUUGUAUUUUAAAUUGUAGUGAAAAAUUAAUAGAUUAUAAACUAGCUUUUCAACUUCAAAAUAUCCUACAUCAUUCAAAAAUUAUUAUGAAAAAUAAAAAUGAAGUACAAAUAUCAAAUCAUUUAGAAUUAAAAAAAUUCAAAAAUUUCAAAGAAAACAUGGAAAAAUAUGAUUUCUGUUUUAUAUUACAACAUACUCCAUGCUAUACCUUAGGUAGUGUAGCAAAUUGUAGUGAUAUACUUCUAGAUAAGGAAAAUUAUUAUAUUGAAGAAUUAGGAGAUAUAUAUAAUAAUUUGUAUUCGAAUGAAAUUAUUCAUCUUAUGAAUAAAUGUGAAACAAUUCAAGAUAAAAUUAAUCAAUCUGAUAUAUAUAAUGAAAAUACAAAUUAUUUCAAUAAUUUUUUAAAACAUUGUAGACAAAGAAAAAUACCCAUUUAUCGAGUUAACAGGGGAGGCAAAGCUACAUACCAUGGACCUGGACAGUUAGUAUUAUAUUUUAUAUUUAACUUAAAAAAUUAUCCAUCCAAUUAUAAUGAGCGAAUUAUAAAUAAGCACUAUAAAUAUACAAACAAAGAAAACUUUCCAUCAAAAACAUCGGAAUAUGAAAAAAAUAACAUAUAUACAAAUUCAAACAGUAAAGAAAACAUAUCAUCUAUAGAACGCACUUUUGAUUUGCGCACAACAAUAAAUAACUUUCAAAAAAUUGGAAUGGAAACCUUGCAAAAAUUUAAUAUAAAAACACACUGUAAAAAAGAUACAAUAGGUAUCUUUUAUAAGGAUAAAAAAAUUAUAUCCAUAGGAUUGAAAAUAACAAAAUAUAUAUCUAUGCAUGGAUUGUCAUUAAAUUUUAAUCUCGAUAACAAUUUUUUAAAAUAUCUAUUAUCAUGUGGUAUGAAUCAUAAUGAUUAUAUAUCCAUGCAUGAAAUAAAUGAAAUGAAAAAAAAAAAUUAUAUUUAUCAAAAAGGAAAAAUAGCUAGUAGCUCAAAUAUAUUAAAUGAAUUAACUUUAAAUAUAACAGAGUCAUUAAAAAAGGUGUUUAAUGUAAAAGUAAGAAAUAUAAAAGAUAUACGAGAAAUGUUUUAUUAA